AUGAAACAACGCACCAAGUUCGCCUUGGAUCUUCUCGCGGAGGUUUUGGAUAGCAAAAGUGUAAGUUAAAAUUUUUUUGACAUUCGGUUUUACAUUGCAAACUAUUUAAAUUCGUUGAAUUGAUUCAAACAACAAAGCCAUUUCAGAGGAAGUAUGCAAAGAUUCAAGCCGUUUCAACUGGUGCUGGCCUUGUUUCCGAGGUCUACCGGGUCGAACUCAGUGACAAUACAUCGAUGAAGUCCAGUAUAAUUGCAAAGGUACAAUGGCUGACUCUUUUAAUCUAAAUCGCCUUCAGAUUCCGAACCAUGUAUUCCGGGAUUUUAAGUCUAGCGAAAAAUCAGAAAAUUGGAAUCCGAAAGAGAAAAACGGUAGGAUAAAAAAGUUAAAAAAGUCAUCAUCUUUUUUAAUUAUCAAUGUUGAAUUACAGCUGCAAAGAGUGGCCAUCUUGAGCAGACUGUUUGCAGUCUCCACAAUCGGGAAGUCCAGUUCUAUCGGUUUAUAACAGUCGAAUCAAAGACUCCACUUAAAAUCCCCCAGUUUUUCCAUGGAGAUUAUGUUAGACAAGGUGCGAAUGGAGUCAUCAUUAUUGAAGAUUUCACCGGGAGCAUUGAUAAACAUUAUUCUGAAAGAAUGUCCAUGUCAUUGGAUCAGGUAAACAUACAACAAGCGGUGGAUAAGUGAGGUUGCAGGUGUUUGAAGUGAUGCAACAGAUCGUAAAUCUCCAAAGUAUAAAGGCGGACUUCAACGCCUUUAAACUUCUGGAUUCUCAGUUGGAAAGCCUUUCGAAUUGUAUCUUUCUGAGUGCGAAUGUAUUAUUUCACAGAGGAUUGCCUUGGUUUUCGCAUUCGGUGUUCCAAAAGAUUCUCAAAAUCAGUGAAGUCAAAUAUCUGAGGGAAUUAUUAACGCCAGAAGAGUGCGGUCAGUUUAAUUUUGAAGGUGCUCUUAUUUUUGAUUUUUUCAGUUUUAUGCCAUGGCGCAAUGUGCUUGCGGAAUACACUAUGGAAGGAUGAAAGUGGCCCAAAACUUUUGGCUCUUAUUAGUUGGACUGGAGUCCAUGCAGGUAAGCUAGAUUUUAUAUGUUCAUGUAAUGAUCCCAGGGUCAAGAACAACGGAUUUGGCCACACUUUUGGCCAUAAAUCUAGACCCAGAGGAACGGCAUGUGGUGGAAUCUAACUUGCUCCGCGAAUUCGUGAAAAUGGCUGGAUAUCAAGAAGAAGAGAAAAAGGUGAGCUCCCCCUCCCAUUACUGUCUCCCCAUUUAAUUGCAACUUGAUUUAUGAUCCAUUUCAGAUUGUUGAGAAUUAUCGGAAAAGCUUGGAAUUCGGCUUGUUAAAGCUGUUGGUGGUCGUGGUCACCAAUCCCGAGUGUGAUAUCUCGGACGAUCAGACGCCCGAGGGCCUGCUGAGCCGUCGUUUGAGCUCCCUGAUCGAAGAACUUCUACAGUAA